AUGGCGAAAAUUUUUGAGUUCUUCAGCGUGCUGAUAGUCAUUUUGGCUAUAACCAAUGCUGCAUCGGUGGAUUUACCAGCAUGUGAGACUACAACAUCGCCUCCGUGCUCUACGACUCCUCCGCAAACAACWCCUUGUAUAACAACAACAACAAUACCUCCAGUAAUAACCACGUUACCGCCAACUACAACAACUACUACACCAAUUACAACCACCACUACAAGUACACCGUGUACAAUCACUACUCCAAAAACAACAACAACCACAACUACUCCAAGAACCACAACGACCACUACUCCAAGGACAACAACUACAAC